AUGGCAAUCGGCCUGCAACCCAAGAGCACCACACCCACCGCAAAACAAAGCCAUGUGCACCCUCACAUCUCGCAAAGCUACGACCCGGACAAAGGACGACAACUCCACGCCACAGCGCCGGUAAAAGCAGGCGAUGUGCUCGUGGUAGACCCGCCGUACGCCGCGAUUCCAGUAGUUGAUGAUCCUGCGCACAGUGACGAAGUUCUUUGCAGUAAUGGGGAUUGUCGGCGCAAGAUCCCGCGUGUUGGACGGAUUGGUUGUUCGAAUCGAUGUGCGGUUGAAGUUGUUUGGUGUGAUGUUGGGUGUCGGGAUGCCGAUAGGAUUCGGCAUGGGUUGGAGUGUGAGUGGUUGAGGGGGUAUGCGCCAUCGCUUCGCGAGGACGAGGGAGAGUAUUACUUCGGAGUGCUUUGGUUGAUUGUCCGGGUAUUAGCGGCGCGAUAUGAGGAAAAGAAACAAGGGUCUUCUAUGUCGAUGUCAAAAGAAAAGUUUUCCAGCGGAUGGACGGCAAUGACGGAACUCUGCGACAAUCGAAAACUAUGGCCCGAAGCGGAUCUGCUGCAUUGGCAAUCGCUGGUCGAGAAAUACAUUUGCGCUGAUCCAUCGUUGCGAAAUAUCCUUCUGAGCCCUGACAGUAUUUUGACACUUAUCUGCCAACAAGAAUCGAAUUCCUUCGGCCUUUAUCCCAAAGCGACAGGGCUUGCUUCGAUGUCUGACCGAGGGGAACAAUACGGCGCAGCGAUAUACCCUCGCUCCUCGAUAGCAAAUCACUCAUGUUGUCCUAAUAUUACACAUAAACCCGACGAUCACGGGCGAAUGGUCUUCACUGCAUCGCGGGAUAUCGCGCCCGGAGAAGAAUGCUGUAUAUCGUACAUGGACCUGUUUGGUGACGUGGACAUCAGCACGCGACGGAAACACCUCCGGGAACAGUUUUCUUUCACAUGUCAAUGCGAACGAUGUCGUGCGGAGGAGAACCCUGAAGAGGGGUGGGAUGCUCUGCCUUUCCUGGAUGAUUAG